AUGUCGUCUCUUGAUAGUCGUGCUGCCUUCAAGGCGCGAGCCGAAGAACUUUCGUUGGAAGAUGACAAAUACAAGAAACUGGUGGCAGCGAAGCUGGACACCUUUGGUGCCUUGGCGUUCAUAGGGCCGCUUCAAGCGGGGAACGCUGAUGAAACGCCAUUGGUGGAGGCGCUCAAGAGUGCCUUGAGUGGUGAUCCGUCCCCAGUCGUAUUGAGGGUCAUGCGCCGACUAUGGUUCGAAGCCACUACUCAAGCUCUUGCUGAGAUGCGAGGCAAGGUAGAACGUACUGAUGCUAGUGAGCCUGUCCGAAUGCCGCUUGCAGAGCGCACUCAGAGGGUGGCUGCUCUACAAAAGCGCUUGGUGGGUGUUCACUGGUCUGUUGAUGUUGAACCGUCACAUCGCUUGCAAGAUCAGAUCGCGCAGAUGGUGGCAGAUCAGUCCUUGGUUUGGCUGCAGUGGGACAAGUUGACGAGUCGAAGCAUGGAAAUAACGGCUGAAAGGCUGACUCGAUGGUCACAGCCCCCUGGAUUCCAGAGGGUCUCAAUGGCCCAGUUGCGAGAGGCGGACAAGACGCUCUUCACGAAGAUUUCCGAAGAUACUCGAGGCCAUGCAGCGUUUGCAGGCAAGAGGAUCGGUUUGAUUCGUAAGUUGAUUGGAUUGCGUAAAGAGCUGCAAUAUGAGGAAGCACGCUUUCAUUCUCUCCUUCCAGAUCAUGUCAGACAGGUGGUCAAAAACAAGAACAUCCUUCUGUGGCACCAUCUUCUUCGAGAGACGGGCUUUGAAGACUUAGCAGUAUUGGAUUUGAUGAAAGGUGUCGAUUUGAUAGGCACUCCUGACAAAUCUCCGCUGUUCGGUCUGAAGGAUGUUCCUGCUUCGUCCACUCCGGAUCUGCUUCUUGAAGCUUCGCAAUGGAGAAGGGAGCGUCUUAAAGCCAGAAAUCCUCACGCAGACAACCCAGAGAUCAACAAGAAACUCUGGGAACACACUCUCAGUGAUGUGACAGACGGCUUUCUGGCUGGACCUUUCGAAGAUGAAGCUUCGAUUUGCGAGCAUCUCAACGUUGAUAAGUUUGUGGCAUCUCGAAGGUUUCUGAUCGAGCAAGGCACCUCGGACAAGAAGAAAUUCCGAGCCAGAGACGACUACCGCCAAGGAGGAGUGAACGAGCCCUACAAUGCCUUGGAGAAGCUCGCUCUGUUCGAUGUAAACAGCAUUACUGCCAUGGCAACGUAUGCAGCAAAAGUGGCUGACCCGGUGGGGCAAGUGGAAGUCAGACUUGGCUCUGGUGAGAUCCUCAAAGCUCCUCUUCAUGAAGACUUCAAGGGUGGGCCCUCUUGGAAAGGUCGCACUUUGGACCUCGCCAAAGCCUAUCGCCAGGUUCCAUUGGCAACGGCGUCGCUUCCAUUUGGGGUGGUCAUGGUGAACUGCCCAACAGAUGGGAAAGUCAAAUACUUUGCUGCCCAAUCGUUACCUUUCGGUGCCACUUCGAGUGUCUUCUCUUUCAACAGGAUCAGCAGGUCCUUGCUUCAUUUGGGCUGGCACUUGUGUGGGUUAAUCGCUGGUUGCUUUUAUGACGACUUUCCUAUGCUGGAACCAGGAGUCACGUCCGGCCUUGCUUCGAGCGGCUUCGAAUUCCUUCUUGACAGUCUUGGAUGGCAAUUUUCUAGAGACAGUGACAAAGCGGCCCCAUUCUCGGAGAGCUUUGACUUACUCGGCGUCCGCAUGCAUGUGGGCUCCUUGAUGGGAGGCGUCAUUUCUUUGGAGAACAAGCCAUCGCGACUUGAGAAAAUGAAGGACAGCUUUCUCAGAUCAAUGCAAGCCUCGCGUUUUCGAGGUGUUGGGUCAUACGGAAUCGUUGCCGUUGAUACUGGCGCAGGAGAGAAGUAUGUUGCAGGGGGCGAUCUUCCGGAUUGGCUGAUCGAAUUCUGGCAUCGUGACUCUCCCGACCAGGUGAUUGGCCAAUGUGAGGCUUUCGCAGUGGUCUUGGCCAGGCUGGCGUUCGCCUCCAUGGUAACGGGCCGACGCACCAUCUUUUUCGUGGAUAACGAAAGUUCUCGCGAGGUUUGGGAUCCGGCCAGCAAGUCUCUUCAGACGGCAGAGACCCCAGGUAUCACUCAGGCGGCCCUCCUCCAGGAUGUGCAACAGAUCAUCACGUGGGUGACGGAGCACCCGGAGCUCAUCUUGAACUUCAGAUCGACUCGUCCCCUCACGGGGGAGACGCCAACGCGCAACAGCACAGUGUUUCUCCUGACCAUAGGCCACCGAAUAGAAGGCGACUUGUUACACAAAUUAAAAUUACCGAAGGCAAUGAGUGGACAGGCGUCACUGAUGCUCCUCAGGGUCCGACUGGCUGCAGAGCGCUUGCGGAGGCAACCACUGGCGCAACAGGUAGCCAGACAGGUCGGCCUGAUGUAA